CAAAAAAAUCUAAAACCAUGAUUGUAUUUUUAGGAUAAAAACCAUAUAUAUAAUACAUAUAUGAUAAAAACAAAGCUUAAGAGGUUAUGUCAUGUCAUUUGUUCAGUUUUUUUGUGUUACAGUGUGGCCAACCUUUAGGAAAUUCUGUUUUGUAAAAAUAUAAAAAUAUUCAGAAUUUUAAUUAUUUUAAUAAAUUCGAUUACAUAAGCAUCUGAUUUGGGUACAUUUUAUUUAUUUUGCGUGGAUUUUAUCUCCCGGUGGAAAGUGAGGUUAUGUGAUUUAAGCCACCUUGAUGACCCUGAUCGAGUACGUUUCCGCCCUUUCCGAUAACCCCUAUUUUGGGGCCGGUUUCGGCUUGUUCGGGCUGGGGGCCGGGGCGGCUCUCCUCCGCAAAGGUCUCCAAGGCUCGCUCAUCCUCUUCCGACGCCACUACAUGAUCACUUUGGAGGUCCCCUGCCGCGACAAGUCCUACCAAUGGCUCCUACAGUGGAUGACCGAGAAGGGGGCCCGCUCGACGCAACAUCUGAGCGUGGAGACCAGCUUUGAGCAAAAAGAAACGGGCCACGUGAAGACCAAAUACGACUUUAUUCCCAGUAUAGGUACGCAUUUUUUCCGGUAUGGACCGACAUGGAUUCGCGUCGAGCGCACCCGGGAACAACACACGCUGGAUUUGCACAUGGGGGUCCCGUGGGAGACGGUCACGUUGACAGCCUUCGGGAGGGACAAGUCCAUCUAUUUUAACAUUUUAGAAGAAGCUAGACAGAUGGCGCUGCGGCAGCAUGAAGGCAAAACCAUCAUGUACACAGCGAUGGGUAGCGAAUGGCGCCCCUUGGGGCACCCCCGACGCCGGCGCCCCAUCUCCUCUGUAAUUCUCGACGAAAACCUAGGUGAAAAAAUCUUAAGCGACUGUAAAGAAUUCAUUUCCAACCCUUCAUGGUACACUGAACGGGGAAUCCCCUAUCGGCGAGGUUAUUUGUUACACGGGCCGCCCGGUUGCGGCAAAUCCUCGUAUAUUACGGCCCUGGCUGGCGAGUUGGGUUUCUCAAUUUGUGUGUUAAACUUGUCGGAAAGGGGGCUGUCGGAUGACCGACUGAAUCACCUGUUGAGUGUGGCCCCCCAACAGAGCAUCAUCUUAUUGGAGGACAUCGACGCUGCUUUUAUAUCACGCGAGGACACGCCUCAGCAAAAAUCCGCCUACGAGGGCCUCACGAGGGUCACCUUCAGUGGGCUUUUGAACUGUCUCGACGGGGUGGCCAGUACCGAAGCCCGGAUUGUUUUUAUGACAACUAAUUAUCUCGAACGGCUGGACCCGGCCCUGAUUCGGCCCGGUCGCGUCGAUAUGAAAGAGUACAUCGGUUGGUGUUCCCCCUACCAGGUCGAGCAAAUGUUCCUUCGAUUUUACAAUGGCGAAGAUGCCCGAAGACAAGCGACGGAAUUCGCCGAAAAGGUGGCCGCGUUCGGAAAAAAUGUCAGUCCGGCCCAGAUUCAGGGAUUUUUCAUGUUUCACAAACAAUCGCAACCCGAAGAGGUUAUAAGAAAUUGUAAAUUAAUUUGGGAAUUGUAGUUUUAGACGUU